AUGGCUGAACGUGAGGAUAAUGUCUACAAGGCAAAGCUUGCCGAACAGGCGGAGCGUUAUGAUGAAAUGGUUGAGGCAAUGAAAAAAGUUGCUUCACUGGACGUUGAAUUAACUGUUGAGGAAAGAAAUUUACUGUCAGUUGCAUACAAGAAUGUUAUUGGUGCUAGAAGAGCUUCCUGGCGAAUAAUUUCUAGUAUUGAACAAAAAGAAGAGAAUAAAGGAGCGGAAGAAAAACUCGAAAUGAUUCGUCAAUACAGAUCUCAAGUUGAAAAAGAGCUUAGAGACAUUUGCGCGGACAUACUCGAUGUCCUCGAUAAGCAUCUCAUUCCUUGCGCCUCAACAGGCGAGUCCAAAGUCUUCUAUUACAAAAUGAAGGGUGAUUAUCACCGUUACCUGGCAGAAUUCGCGAUUGGCACUGACAGGAAAGAAGCCGCUGAGAAAUCCUUAAUAGCAUACAAAGAAGCGAGUGAAAUCGCAAUGACAGGACUCCCUCCCACUCAUCCAAUUCGUUUAGGAUUAGCCCUCAACUUCUCCGUCUUUUAUUAUGAAAUAUUGAAUAGUCCGGACCGAGCAUGUCGUUUGGCAAAAGCAGCCUUUGAUGAUGCUAUCGCCGAACUUGAUACUCUAUCUGAAGAGAGUUACAAAGAUUCUACCCUCAUUAUGCAACUACUCAGGGACAACCUCACUUUAUGGACCUCGGACAUGCAGGGAGAUGAGUCUGAUACUGAACAACCGUUACUGCAUGUUGACAAUCCUGUAUCCGAUGACAAUGAUAAUACUCAUCCUUAA